AAAACAAACAAAUUCACUUCACUCGAAAACAAUAUUUAAAAACAACACUGAAAAGCAUAUUCAUAUAGCAGUAGUAGUACUGGUUCCAGUUAUUUGCCUUGGACCUUUUCCUUUGGCCCCUUCUCUCCCCCCGAUACUCUCUCUCUCUCUCUCUCUCUCUCCAACACCCCCGUCACCCACAAAAUCUAUAGUACUGGAUCAUUACAGAGAAAAACUAAAAAGAAAGAAAGAAAAAAACUCUUUCCCUCUCAGACUUCAGUACUCCAACAGAAAGUGCAAUAAUAUCAUUACCCUCCCUCACAAGGUUCAUACAGACUCUCUCUCUCUGAACUUCAAUCCAAUCUAGCAAGCUCACCCAAUGUUAACGGUGGGGCACCGCCCCCUACCGUCACCACCUCACGAAGCCAUGCAGCAAAAGAAAGCAGAACACAAGACAGAUCAUCAGAAAAAACCCAAGUUCUUCAUCAACGAUCACGUAGACAUCCUAAUAGAGAUCCUCAAGCACCUCGACGGACCUUCCCUCUGCGUCGCCUCCUGCGUCUGCCGCCUCUGGUGCACCAUUGCCCGCAACGACUCCCUCUGGGAGCACCUCUGCUUUCGCCACGUUUCCUCUCCUCCCCAAUCCUCCGUACGACCCGUCGUCGUGGCUCUCGGAGGCUACAAGCGGCUAUACAUGGUCUGCGUCCGGCCGGUCCUGAGCCGACUCGGCCACUCGGACAGGGUCAGGCGGCGUACUGUCUGGACACGCGACGUGGUGCAGCUCUCCCUCUCUUUAUUUUGCGUCGAUUACUACGAGAGGAGACUGGGGGAUGCCACCGCUUCGUCGCUCAUGUUCCUCUGUAAGCCCGUGAACGUCUGAUUUCGGUCUUUUCUCUGACGGAAGGAAUGAUGGCCCUUCCUCUUUCUUAAUUCGGUACUAUUAGCGGUCUAUCAAUCCAAGAAGAUAUUAUAAUAAUUAUUUCUAUUACCAUUUUUAAUUCGUUACAUUCGUUAUUGUAUUGCUUUUAUUUUUAUCAUCCAUUUUUUUUGUUGCAAGUUUUUUCCGAAAAAUAAUUUAUAUUGAGAUGUAUGUAAUA